AUGGAGAAGGAGUACGAGGAUUUGAAAGAAAUGAUGAAAGACACAGGGCUUUAUGAAAUGGACAAUAUUGGUGACUAUUAUACGUGGUCUAACAAGCAUGUGGAUGGGGUCAUAUAUUCCAGAAUUGGCAGAGCUUUGGCAAAUGUGGACUGGUUACAAAUGUACACGACAAUAAACCUGCAUAUCAUUCCUCCUAGAAUUUCAGUUCAUGCUCUACUGUGCCUGGAGCCACUGAAUCAGGUUACUCACAGAAGGAAGCAUAAUUUCAAAUUUUUGAAUAAGGUCAUUGAUGUGGAUGGCUAUGCUGCAGUUGUGGAGGGGAACUGGAAGAAACCUUUGAAUGGGAGUUCUAUGGUCAGGAUUUGGAAGAAGCUCCUGAGGUUACAACCUUUGAUUAAAAAGUUAAGCAAGCCCUUGACUAGUAUAAAUAACACUCUUAAGAAAUCUAGACAGGAUUUGUUGGAAGCUCAGAAUAAGCUAAUGCAAGACAAGAUGAAUAAGAAUCUGAUCCUGGCAGUGAAGUAA